AUGAAUUCGAAUUCAUUCGUAUAUGAUACCGGUAACAAAGCUUUGCGCGAACAUAAUUUUGAUAUUUUUAUCGCUUUUCAACAUUUUAUCGUCGAUUUAUACAACCAGCUUUCUGAAGAAUACAAAGAACUUAGCUUGGAUACUUAUGGAGGACAAUGCAUUAGUGGCGAAGAAUUCAUUUCAAUGAAUAGUCUUCUGUUCACGUUCACAAGGCCUUCUGCUGGAAAUUGGUAUGCUGAUGCCAGUACACAUAGCGGUAGUUCGUUAAAACGUGUUGUUUUUCAAUUUAAACUCAAUUUGCAACUGCUCGAAGCCAGACUAUUUGCUUAUAUUGGUAACCAUAGUCAGCAUCCAGACGAAAUUGAAGUAUUCGUUCCGCGCGGCACGAUAUUUCGUAUCGAAGAAGUGACACAUGACGAAACAACGGAUAUAUGGUGUAUAAAACUGAAGUUAUCUUCGAAAGAAAAUGUGGAGCACGAAAUGAAACGAUUAGGUGAGACACGUAACCACAACAGUCUAGGACAAUGUUUGGUGAAUACAGCGAAACGAAAAUUUUUUUCAAUCGAUUACCAGUGA